AAGUCAAUCUUAUUUCUUUAUUGGAGAGUAAAAGUAAAGAUUUAAUCUUCGUGUGUUCCCACUUCUCUCUUCUUCUUCUUCAUCUUCUUCAUCGUCCAUUCCAAAUUCAAUUUCAAUCACAAACAACAAUAAUGGCGGAUUCCCAACAAAACCCAUUAUUAUCAAAUCGACGAUUCCUUACUUCUUCAGAGGCCAAUGGUUUCCCUGUUUUAGCCAUGGCUAUCCUCUGCAUAUUGGCCACUGUUUUCCUUCUCAUCAGCUACUACAUCUUCCUCAACAAAUGCAACAACUGCUGUUUCUUCUCACCAUUUUCCCGUCAUCAAACCGAUCACACUACUAAUUCCAAUUCUAAUUCAAAUUCCCCACCUUUCUCUCUUUCUUCCCCAAUCAAUAACCGGGGCCUCGACGAAAUCUUGAUUCGGAACAUCCCUGUUUUUCAGUACAACAAUGGAGAAAACAGAGGAGGGAAAGAAUGGAACGAAUGUGCUGUUUGUUUGAGUGAUUUCAGAGAUCAAGAAAUGCUCAGAAUUCUUCCUAGAUGUUCCCAUGCUUUCCAUUUGGAUUGUAUCGAUAUUUGGCUUCAAUCCAAUGCCAACUGCCCCUUAUGCAGAACUUGCAUCUCCGGCCGGAAAAGAUUCCCGGCCGAUCUCAUCUUAGCACCCACUUCCUCACCACACCCAAUCAACGCCGACGAGGACUUCCUCGUUAUCGAACUGGCCGACGGGAGCGAAACAAGGACGCCGGUCGAUGAGGAGAAUUACCGACGUCGACGGAAGACGUCGUCGUUUCGUCAGAGACGAAGAGUUUCAAUGAUGGGAGACGAAACUGUGAGAGAGAAAGACGAUGACUUUUCUUCUGUCCAGCCUAUAAGGAGAUCGUUCUCGAUGGAUUCUGCCGCCGAUCGGCAGGUUUACUUGUGGGUUCAAGAGAUCACGGCGAGGGAAGAAUCGGCGAGUGGCAGAGCGAGAAGAUCGUUCUUUUCAUUCGGACAUGGACGGGGAUCGAGAAGUAGUUGGGUUCUUCCUGUCGAAUUCUGAAUACAAGAUUUCAUUUCAUUUAACGUUGUUGCUGUUGUUAU